CGGCGGGGGGUCAGGGGGGGCCGGGGCGCCGCGCGGAGUCCCGGUGCGCUUCGCUCUCCGCUGCGAACAGUCCGGGCCCCGGCUCAGGCGCGGGGAUGGAUGGCCCCGGGACUGGCGCCGUGGUCGUGCGCGUCGGCAUUCCGGACCUGCAACAGACGAAGUGCCUGCGUCUGGACCCAACCGCGCCUGUGUGGGCCGCCAAGCAGCGCGUCCUCUGCGCCCUCAACCACAGCCUUCAGGACGCGCUCAACUAUGGGCUGUUCCAGCCCCCCUCCCGGGGUCGUGCGGGCAAAUUCCUGGAUGAAGAGAGGCUUUUGCAAGAUUAUCCUCCUAACCUGGACACGCCCCUGCCCUACCUGGAGUUUCGUUACAAGCGGCGAGUUUAUGCCCAGAACCUCAUAGAUGACAAGCAAUUUGCAAAGCUACACACAAAGGCAAACCUGAAGAAGUUCAUGGACUAUGUCCAGCUACACAGCACAGACAAGGUGGCCCGUCUGCUGGACAAGGGGCUGGACCCCAAUUUUCACGACCCUGACUCAGGAGAGUGCCCUCUGAGCCUUGCAGCACAGUUGGACAAUGCCACCGAUCUGCUGAAGGUUCUGCGUAAUGGUGGUGCUCACCUGGAUUUCCGAACCCGAGAUGGGCUAACAGCCGUCCACUGUGCAACUCGCCAGCGGAAUGCGGGAGCAUUGACGACCCUGCUGGACCUGGGGGCUUCACCUGACUACAAGGAUAGCCGUGGCCUGACACCUCUGUACCAUAGCGCCCUAGGGGGCGGGGAUGCCCUCUGUUGUGAAUUGCUUCUUCAUGAUCAUGCACAGCUGGGGACCACUGAUGAGAAUGGUUGGCAAGAGAUCCAUCAGGCCUGCCGCUUUGGGCAUGUGCAGCACUUGGAACACUUGCUAUUCUAUGGGGCAAACAUGGGUGCCCAGAAUGCCUCGGGAAAUACAGCACUUCACAUUUGUGCCCUCUACAACCAGGAGAGCUGUGCUCGUGUCCUGCUUUUCCGAGGAGCCAACAAGGAUGUCCGAAAUUACAACAGCCAGACAGCCUUCCAGGUUGCCAUUAUUGCAGGGAACUUUGAACUUGCCGAAGUCAUCAAGACCCACAAAGAUUCGGAUGUUGUACCUUUCAGAGAAACCCCCAGCUAUGCAAAGAGGCGACGACUGGCAGGCUCCAGUGGCUUGGCAUCCCCUCGGCCCCUACAGCGCUCAGCCAGUGAUAUCAACUUGAAGGGUGACACACAGCCAGCAGCUUCUCCUGGGCCUUCGCUCCGAAGCCUCCCUCAUCAACUACUGCUCCAGCGGCUCCAGGAGGAAAAAGAUCGUGACCGGGAUAAUGAACAAGAAAAUGAUGUCCGUGUCCCCUCAACUGGCAGGGGCAGUCACAACAAGAUCAGCCUUCGCUCCGCUCCCGCGGCCCGCGUGGGGGUCUGCGGGGGGCGCCGCCGGCUUGGGCGCGCCGGCAGCCGCCGCCCGCAGAGGGAGGAGCCGGCGGAGGAGGCGGGGCGCCGAGCGGCCGCGGCAUGGAUGCUCAGCAUCGGGGAGGGCGGUUUCUGGGAGGGGACCGUGAAAGGCCGUACAGGCUGGUUCCCAGCUGACUGUGUGGAAGAGGUGCAGAUGCGACAGUAUGACACACGGCAUGAAACCCGGGAGGACCGGACGAAGCGUCUUUUCCGCCAUUACACUGUGGGCUCCUAUGACAGCCUCACUUCACACAGCGAUUAUGUCAUUGAUGACAAGGUGGCUAUCCUGCAAAAACGGGACCACGAGGGCUUUGGCUUUGUGCUCCGGGGCGCCAAAGCAGAGACCCCCAUUGAGGAGUUCACCCCCACACCUGCCUUCCCUGCACUCCAGUACCUUGAGUCUGUGGAUGUAGAGGGUGUGGCUUGGAGGGCUGGGUUGCGCACUGGGGAUUUUCUCAUCGAGGUGAAUGGAGUGAACGUUGUGAAGGUUGGACAUAAGCAAGUAGUGGGUCUGAUCCGUCAGGGUGGCAAUCGCUUGGUUAUGAAGGUUGUAUCUGUGACCAGGAAACCAGAAGAGGAUGGUGCUCGGCGCAGAGCCCCACCACCCCCGAAGAGGGCUCCCAGUACCACACUGACCCUGCGUUCCAAGUCUAUGACGGCCGAGCUGGAGGAACUUGCCUCUAUUCGGAGAAGAAAAGGGGAGAAGCUGGAUGAAAUACUGGCAGCUGCUGCAGAGCCAACACUGAGGCCAGACAUUGCAGAUGCUGACUCCAGGGCAGCCACUGUUAAGCAGCGGCCCACCAGCCGGAGGAUCACCCCUGCUGAGAUCAGCUCCUUGUUUGAGCGCCAGGGCCUCCCAGGCCCAGAGAAGCUGCCCGGCUCUCUGCGGAAGGGGAUUCCACGGACAAAAUCUGUAGGGGAGGAUGAGAAGCUGGCGUCUCUGCUGGAAGGGCGCUUCCCACGCAGCACAUCAAUGCAGGACACCGUGCGUGAGGGUCGUGGCAUACCGCCCCCUCCGCAGACUGCCCCACCACCCCCACCUGCGCCCUACUACUUCGACUCGGGGCCUCCCCCUACCUUUUCACCACCGCCACCUCCAAGUCGAGCGUACGACACUGUGCGCUCCAGUUUCAAGCCAGGCCUGGAGGCGCGCCUGGGUGCGGGGGCCACCGGCCUGUAUGAGCCUGGUGCGCCUCUUGGCCCGCUGCCCUACCCUGAACGGCAGAAGCGCGCACGCUCCAUGAUCAUCUUGCAAGACUCAGCGCCAGAGGUGGGCGAUGUACCCCGGCCCGCGCCUGCAGCCACGCCGCCUGAGCGCCCCAAGCGUCGGCCUCGGCAGUCAGGUCCUGACAGCCCCUACGCCAACCUGGGCGCUUUUAGUGCCAGCCUGUUUGCACCGUCCAAACCGCAGCGCCGCAAGAGCCCACUGGUGAAGCAACUUCAGGUGGAGGACGCUCAGGAGCGCGCGGCUCUGGCCGUGGGCAGCCCCGGCCCAGUGGGUGGAAGCUUUGCUCGAGAGCCCUCCCCUACGCACCGUGGGCCGGGGCCCCGGCAGGGUGGCCUUGAUUACAGCUCUGGAGAAGGCCUUGGGCUCACUUUUGGCGGCCCUGGCCCAGGCAAAGAGCGACGCCUGGAGGAGCGACGUCGCUCUACUGUGUUCUUAUCUGUGGGUGCCAUCGAGGGCAGCCCUCCCAGUGCUGACCUGCCAUCCCUGCAGCCUUCCCGCUCCAUUGAUGAACGCCUCCUGGGGACAGGUGCCACCACCGGCCGCGAUCUGCUGCUCCCCUCCCCUGUCUCUGCUCUGAAGCCAUUGGUCAGCGGCCCCAGCCUUGGGCCCUCAGGCACCACUUUCAUCCACCCACUCACUGGCAAACCCUUGGAUCCUAGCUCACCCCUGGCUCUUGCCCUGGCUGCGCGAGAGCGGGCUCUGGCCUCCCAGGCACCCUCUAGGUCCCCCACACCCGUUCACAGUCCUGAUGCUGACCGCCCUGGACCCCUGUUUGUGGAUGUACAGGCCAGAGACUCAGAGCGAGGGCCCCUGGCCUCCCCAGCCUUCUCUCCUCGGAGCCCAGCCUGGAUUCCUGUGCCUGCUCGCAGAGAGGCAGAGAAGCCGCCCCGUGAGGAGAGGAAGUCACCCGAGGACAAGAAGUCCAUGAUCCUCAGUGUCUUGGACACAUCCUUACAGAGACCAGCUGGUCUCAUUGUUGUGCAUGCCACCAGCAAUGGACAGGAGCCCAGCAGGCUAGGGGCUGAAGAGGAGCUCCCAGACACUCCAGAGCUGACCCCAGCCCCUAUGCAGGCAGCGGCUGUGGCAGAACCCCUGCCUAGUCCCCGGGCCCAGCCCCCUGGCAGCACUACAGCAGAUCCUGGGCCAGGCCAGGGCAGCUCAGAGGAAGAGCCAGAGCUGGUAUUUGCUGUGAACCUGCCUCCUGCCCAGCUGUCCUCCAGUGAUGAAGAAACCAGAGAGGAGCUGGCCCGUAUUGGGCUAGUGCCACCCCCUGAAGAGUUUGCCAAUGGGAUUCUGCUGGCCACCCCACCCUCUGGCCCGGGCCCCUUGCCCACCACGGUGCCCAGCCUGGCCUCAGGGAAGCCAAGCAGUGAGAUGCCCCCUGCCCCUGAGUCUGCAGCUGACUCUGGAGUAGAGGAGGCUGACACUCGAAGCUCCAGUGACCCCCACUUGGAGACCACAAGCACCAUCUCUACGGUGUCCAGCAUGUCCACCCUGAGCUCAGAAAGUGGGGAACUCACUGACACCCACACCUCCUUUGCUGAUGGACACACUUUUCUACUCGAGAAGCCACCAGUGCCUCCCAAGCCUAAGCUCAAGUCCCCACUGGGGAAGGGGCCGGUGACCUUCAGGGACCCGCUGCUGAAGCAGUCCUCGGACAGUGAGCUCAUGGCCCAGCAGCAUCAUGCCGCCUCUACUGGGUUGGCCUCUACUGCUGGGCCUGCCCGCCCUCGCUACCUCUUCCAGAGAAGGUCCAAGCUGUGGGGGGACCCCGUGGAGAGCCGGGGACUCCCUGGGCCUGAAGAUGACAAACCAACUGUGAUCAGUGAGCUCAGCUCCCGUCUGCAGCAGCUGAACAAAGACACACGCUCCUUGGGGGAGGAACCAGUUGGUGGCCUAGGUAGCCUGCUGGACCCUACCAAGAAGUCACCCAUCGCAGCAGCUCGGCUCUUCAGCAGCCUCGGUGAGCUGAGCACCAUCUCAGCGCAGCGCAGCCCCGGGGGCCCGGGCGGAGGGGCCUCCUACUCGGUGCGGCCCAGCGGCCGUUACCCCGUGGCGAGACGAGCCCCGAGCCCUGUGAAGCCCGCAUCGCUGGAGCGGGUGGAGGGGCUGGGGGCGGGCGCGGGAGGCGUGGGGCGGCCCUUCGGCCUCACGCCUCCCACCAUCCUCAAGUCGUCCAGCCUCUCCAUCCCACACGAGCCCAAGGAAGUGCGCUUCGUGGUGCGCAGUGUGAGUGCGCGCAGCCGCUCCCCCUCACCAUCACCGCUGCCCUCGCCUGCUCCUGGCCCUGGCGUCCCCGGCCCACGUCGACCUUUCCAACAGAAGCCCCUGCAGCUCUGGAGCAAGUUCGAUGUGGGCGACUGGCUGGAGAGCAUCCACUUAGGCGAGCACCGGGACCGCUUCGAGGACCACGAGAUUGAGGGCGCACACCUACCGGCGCUCACCAAGGAUGACUUUGUGGAGCUGGGCGUCACGCGCGUUGGCCACCGCAUGAACAUCGAGCGCGCGCUCAGGCAGCUGGACGGCAGCUGACGACCCACUCCCUCUCCCAUUCUGGCCGCGCCCUGCCGGCAGGGCCCCCACCCCUAUCCCGGGCCGCAGGCUCGGCUCCCCGCCCCCC